GCUCAGCACCGCUACUUAACAGGCAUGUGAGGAGGACCUGGUUUUUUCAUUGUUCCUGUUGAGAGUACUAUGCGCCACCCCCUUUUCCUCCUUUGGUCCGAUGUGGUGGUGGUGGUGGUCGUCGUCGUGGUGGUGGUGACCAUGUGCCACCUAAACAUGCUGGUGAUUGCUGACAAACGCUCUUUUCUUUUCUUUUUGUUUUUCUUCCCACAUCUCAAUGCCCCAACUCCUCCUGAUCAAAAGCUUCUCUGCUUAAACAUCCGAUCCUCCCACAUAUACUGUCAUGGGCUGCAUCAAACAUGCAUUCCGAAAACACUGCAUGAGCAACAUCUGCGGCGGAUGCUCCUUCUCCGACUGCUACCUUUUAUCGCCGAGCAUCCACAAGGAUUUGGAUAAAUAAAUCCUUCAUUGGACUUCCAACACAUGGGGCCUCGGUCAAAGACAGGCCUUGGAAGCUGCAUGCGCACUCGGAGCCAGGGAGCAGCAGGAGCACCCAUCCCCUUUUCGCAGUGCUCUGUAGUUGGGCAAGCCGCUCCUCCUUGGGUUGCAGAAAUGGUGGCCUUGCUGAUGGUUAUUGGAUUGGCAGUGAGCUUCCUGGUCGCCUGUAGUGCCUUGUUGAGAUGGAAUGAGGUGAGGUACAGGAAGAAGGGCCUGCCUCCAGGGACUAUGGGUUGGCCAGUCUUUGGGGAGACUACAGAGUUUCUGAAGCAAGGUCCUGGCUUCAUGAAGAACCAGAGACUUAGGUAUGGGAGCUUGUUCAAGUCACACAUACUGGGAUGUCCCACCGUGGUGUGCAUGGAUCCGGAGCUCAACAGGUUCGUUCUGAUGAACGAAGGGAAAGGCUUCGUCCCCGGGUAUCCCCAGUCCAUGCUGGAUAUCCUGGGGCGAUCCAACAUUGCAGCCGUGCAUGGUGAGAUGCACAAGACCAUGAGGAGCGCCAUGCUUGGCCUGGUAAGCUCCCCAAUGAUCAGGGACAAACUCCUGCCUAGAAUUGAUGAGUUCAUGCGAUCUUACAUCGACAAUUGGAGUGGAAGCGUCAUUGACAUCCAAGAGAAGACCAAGGAGAUGGCAUUGAUGUCGGCCUUGAAGCAAAUUGCAAGCAUCGAGACUGGUCCAGUUUCUGAAUCCCUGAAAACAGAGAUCUUCAAACUUGUCCUCGGUACUCUUUCCUUGCCGAUCAAUAUUCCUGGAACAAACUAUUAUCGGGGCUUUAAGGCAAGAAAGAAUCUCGUGGGUCUGCUACGCCGGCUAAUAGAGGAAAGAAGGAUUUCCAGAUGCUCCUACGAUGACAUGCUCGGUUCCCUCCUCAAGGUCGAUGACAGCUCCAAAGUAAAACUCAAUGAUGAACAAAUCAUUGAUCUGAUCAUCGCUCUGGUGUAUUCUGGCUAUGAAACUGUUUCGACAACCUCGAUGAUGGCUGUCAAAUAUCUCCACGAUCACCCUAGAGUCCUUGAAGAACUCAGAAGCGAACAUUUGGAAAUUCGCAAAGGAAAGUCACGAGAGGAUGGAAUCGAUUGGAGCAAUUACAAGACAAUGAAGUUUACUCGUGCGGUAAUCCUGGAGACCCUAAGAAUGGCCACGGUGGUCAACGGAGUACUUAGAAAGACAACCAAAGAUGUGGCAAUGAAAGGUUUCAUAAUUCCAAAAGGAUGGAGGAUAUAUGUAUACACCAGAGAGAUCAAUUAUGAUCCUCUCAUGUAUCCUGAACCUUUGACCUUCAACCCAUGGAGGUGGCUGGACAAAAACUUGGACUCGCACCAUCACUUCAUGCUGUUUGGAGGAGGAGGCAGGAUGUGCCCGGGGAAAGAAUUGGGGACAGCGGAGAUUGCAACAUUCCUGCACUACUUUGUGAGCAGAUACAGGUGGGAAGAAGUUGGAGGGGAUAACAUACUUAAAUUUCCGAGAGUUCAAGCUCCGAAAGGCCUGCAUAUCCGAGUUUGGGAUAACAAAGAUCAAAUUGUACAGAGCAUUAGGUAGUUUUGCAGGCGAAUGAUCGGGAGAGAAGUGUUACUGUAACUUGUUGUUCUGGAGUCACUUGGGGCAGAGGAAUAUAACGUAGAACUAGCAUCAUCAUCCAGAUAGAGGAGAGGUACAGAGAGUCUCUGCUACAAGGGCUGUUUAUAGAAGUAUGAUUAAUAUCUGAUAAAUACAAGAUGAAGAAAAUUUCAGAAUGUUUCUGUACGUGGUUGGUCACCAAUUCAUGAAGCAAUAUUCUCACUCACAAUGUUCCACAUCUUAUUCUUGUACAGUGAUCUAUGAUGAAUGAUAGCAUGAUCAGCUUAGCUUUCCAAGUUUUUGAUGGUCCAAUGGGAACUGUUUGAGGUCAAACAAAAGCCAUUAAGAUUGUCAUUAUGCGGCUUGCAACUCCAGAAGCAUCGUAGAGCAUAUAACUUCAUCAUGCAGCUCACAACUCCAAAAGCAUGUAUCCUCUGCUUCAUGAGGAGGACACUCGUGGAGAGCACACAAACUUGAUCACGCAAAAUUGCAAUUCCAAAUCCGUGCAACGUGUGUUUCAUAUGUGCUUGCGAGCACUCAGAUACAUACCUGACAGCUCACACAAGUACUGCUCCCUGUUCUUCACGGUGACAACAGCUACAUGAGCAGAUAAGAAACCAAGUUCAACUUGGCACAAAGCUCAAGGCAAUCUCUGUGUACAUAGGCUGUGUUAGAGUGAACCUAAACGAUAUGCUUGUAGUUUACUGAAACACUAGUAGCUGGCGAGUAACAUGCAAGGAAGAGCUGCAAUUAUGUGAUGUAUUCGGAGCCGCCCCACCACCACACCAAACACUCCUCGACUCACUCGUCAACCACCUCCAACACCAAAUUCUUCGGCUGCAUGCUGCAAGCAAGUGGCGUGCAACGUGCGAAGCAUCUUCUUUGGAUGCGCUUCUUCUUUCUCCUCCUCUUCUUCCACCCCUAAAGCAUUUGGUGGUUGGACAUGGCGUGCAAAGCGCGUAGCCAGCUGUGUGUGAUGAUUGGAGAAAGAGACUGGAUUCGAGUAUCGAUUCUGUCUUUUUUGGAGAGAGGUACAGUGAAGGGGAAGAAAAAUGACGCCCUCUAUCUGUUUGAUAGAAUGACGAGAAGUGGAAUUUAUAUGAAGGUGGUAUGAGAUCGUCUCAACAUGGGACUUCGAUUUGUCGCUCAUUUCUCUUGGAAUUAUGUGACCCUUGAAACCUCUCCGGUCGCAAUUCCUGCUGACGUAUCAUAAUCGUCCAUCUACUUGACCCCACCGACCAGUCAUGGGGCCCG